UAUCUGUUCUAUAAUUCUAAUUUGCAUUGAGGCUUUUGAUAGAUUUAUAAAACUCGGACUCUUUAAUUGUAAGAAAUAAACAGAGUUUUUUUAGAAAGUAUAUGAAAAUGAGUGAAUUAGUUUGGGGCAUUAAAAACGGCGACAUAGAUCAAGUAAAGGACAUCGUGGAGAAAAAUAAAAUUGACGUGAAUGCUUUAAUCGACGGUCGGGUUCCCUUACAUUAUGCUGCAGAUUACGGCCAAACAGCUGUUGUGAACUACUUACUGGAUAAAGGAGCUAACCCCAAUAUGGUAGAUAAACAUGGAAUAUCUGUGAUACUUGCAGCUAUUUGGGAAGGACAUACUGAAUGUGUAAAAAUAUUAUUAAAACAUGGUGCAUCUAAAAAUGGACGAACACCAGAUGGGACGCCAUACAUUGAUGCAGCAGAAAAAGAAGAGAUCAAGGAUCUGCUAACAUAGAAUAUACCAUUAAAGACUUUAAGUUCGCUCACAUUCUAGUUUUUUAAAGCUACAAAGAAAUUAUUUGAAUGAAACAAAAUUAAUCAUCAUUAAAUAUUUACAUGCAUUUAUUUAUAUUGCAAUUAUUUUUGUAUGCUCAAUGAGGAAAAAUAGCAAUUAGUGUCGUAACUGCGUCCAUUAGAUGUAUUUUUUUUAUUACUAACAUAUAAUUAUUGAAGUUAUUUAAACUAAUAAAAUGCACAUAAGAUGUUGAAAUGUAUUGAUAUUAUAUUGUAUAUUCCAUUUCAUUAUAAUUUUAUAAAAAAAAUGAAAUCUUAUAGAUAGAAGAUUUUGUGGAAUAUUCUAUUUCACACUUGUACAAUACAAGUUUAGUUCAUAAAAUUUUUGACUUAUGAAAGGUGUUAAAAUAAUAAUUAUUGUUUUUUUCUCACUAAAACAUACUUUUCCUAUUUAUUCAUAAUUUAAAUUUUUUAAUGAAAUGGAUUAUACAAGCAUGUAGCGUUUCAUACCUUUAAAGGCCUAUAUUCUAUAUCUAGCAAAUAAAUUAUUUUACAUUACAGAGGUAGGCAACAUUUAAAAAGUAAUAUUGCUAAAAUAAAAAAUAUAAUAUAUAUUA